CAUUUUCUUUCCUUGUAAACAAAAUCAAAUUGGUCAAAUUAUUUACAAUACCAAUAACAUGUCACAAUGAACAAUAUUAUAACAACAAUAACAAAAAAAGUUCCACUAACAAUGUGAUGUUACUCCAAUUAUUCCACACUUUAAAAGAAUAAUCUUUUUGCUUUGAUUUGAGAUUCCAAUUGAACUGCUGGGCUUAAUAAAGAAAUCUUUAUUAACUUCGUAUGAACAUUUCUAGUUCUGGGUUUCUUAUAUGAACUAGUUAUUCUUUGUUUUAAUAAUUUAUUUUUCAAUUUUAUUAUUGUCUUGUUCAUGUUUUGACUUGAGUGUGUUGUUUUGUUACACAAACCCCAAGUUAUAAGUUUUUAGAAAGCGUAAAGAUUAAAAUUAAGAAGAAGUAUUUAUAAUUUUUUCUUUCUUUCUUUCUUGGCUGUUGAUAGAUUUAAUAAUUACUAACAGCUAAGAAGAUGAGAAAAAAGAAUCUUAAAUCACACUCACUUUUACUACUAUAUUCUUUUUUUUUUUUUUCUACAUUGAUUAUUAGAUUUUAAAAGGGUCGUUAGGGUUUCUAUUCUUUACUUUAAUAUAUUAUUUGCUUUCAUUCGUAUGGUGGAUUUGGAGCUAUGUACGCAACAAAGUUGUCUCUAAUUUGGGCUUGCUAAAGGGUUUAGAUUCAGGGUAUAAGAUUAUGGUGGAGUGGGUUUUGGCUGCUGUAGCUAGAUUUCUUUGAAGGCGUGAAAUAGUUUUAAAAACCGGGUUAACGUGAUGUUUCAUAACCAAGGAGCUUCGAGACAAAGUUGCAGUCUUCUUGCAGUAGUAUGUGGGAGAACUGCUGAUUAUGAUCAGAAGCCAGAUGUACAUGAUGGUAAACCGAGAUAUUGCUUCCCGGAGCUUGUAUCAUCAGGGCGUUUGGAGGUACAAGUGUUGAAAAGCCCCAGUGCUGAUGAAUUUCGUAAAGUUUUAGAUUCAUCGCAGCCAAAUAUUGUAUAUUUGCAAGGAGAGCGUCUUUCGAAUGAUGAAGUUGGUUCGCUUGUUUGGGGAGGGGUUGAUUUGUCUUCCGUGGAAGCCAUUUCUGGACUUUUUAGUACCACGCUGCCAACCGCUGUCUAUUUGGAGAUCCCAAAUGGAGAAAAAUUGGCUGAAGCUCUUCAUGCUAAGGGAAUUCCUUAUGUGAUGUACUGGAAGAGCGCAUUUUCCUGCUAUGCAGCAUCCCAUUUUCGACAUGCAUUUUUAUGUGUGGCACAGAGUUCAAGUUGUCAUGUUUGGGAUGCUUUCCAACUUGCACAUGCGUCCUUUAGGCUUUACUGUGUCCGGAACAACCUUGUUCUCCCUGAGAUGAGCCAGCAAGCCAGUGGUAAACUGGGUCCUCACCUGCUUGGCGAUCCUCCAAAAAUCGAUGUCCCUUCACCUGAGGCAGGUCCUGAAGAUGAUGAAGAAAGCAAUUCUGAUGCUCUUCCUGCCAUAAAGAUCUAUGAUGAUGAUGUGAACAUGAGGUUUCUCGUUUGUGGACUGCCAUGCUCAUUGGAUGAAUGCUUGUUGGGAUCUAUAGCCGACGGUCUGAAUGCCCUCUUAAGUAUAGAAAUGCGAGGGGGUAAGCUGCAUAACCGGGUCAGUGCCCUUCCACCACCUCUUCAGGCUGGUACAUUUUCCCGUGGUGUUGUGACCAUGCGGUGUGAUCUGUCAACCAGUAGUUCUGCUCAUAUUUCACUUCUAGUUUCAGGCAGUGCUCAAACAUGUUUUGAUGAUCAGCUAUUAGAGAAUCACAUAAAAAGUGAAAUAAUUGAAAAUAGUACGCUGAUUCAUGCACUACCAAGUGAUGAAGAAAAUAGGCUACCCAUAUCUCAGCCUCGGAGAUCAAUGUCUGUAGCUUGUGGAUCAGAAGUAUUUGAAGUUUGCAUGAAGGUUCCGAUGUGGGCUUCACAGGUUUUGAGACAAUUGGCUCCUGAUGUUUCGUAUCGUAGUUUAGUUGCACUUGGCAUUGCUAGCAUUCAGGGACUAGCUGUAGCUUCAUUUGAGAAAGAUGAUGCUGAACGACUUCUUUUCUUCUGCACAAAGCAACGGAAGGAUAGGGCUUUCGGCAAUUUUAAGAUUGGGAAUCCUCCAGCAUGGUUAAGACCACCUGCUCCUAGCAGAAAGAGGUCCAAUUUUUAUCAAGAAACAAGUCAUAUUUUCCAAAAUGGUUUAGCACCUGAAAAUCAUUUAGCUGUGAAAGAAGAGAAAGAAAGUCGAUUAGGGAAUGGUGUUGCAACACCUCUGGUGACUGCUAGACAAAAACGCAAAGUUGCUGCUAUGCGGCCCAUUCCUCAUGUUCGUCACCAGAAAAUGCUACCCUUUUCUGGAAUUUCGGAGCUGGGGAGCCUUGAUGAGAACCAUGUGAAACCUAAUCUGCCCAUCAUUCCUUCUUCAACUAAGGGUAGCAAUGUUGGAGUAACUCCUGCUGCCCAUCGGAAAGCAGCAUCAAGUUCACAUCAGGCUAAGCAAAUUAUAUCCUUGAAUCCUCUUCCACUGAAGAAACAUGGUUGUGGGCGAAGUCCAAUACAUGUGUGUUCUGAGGAGGAAUUUCUGAAAGAUGUAAUGCAGUUUUUAAUUCUUCGUGGACACACUCGUCUCAUUCCUCAAGGUGGCCUUGCUGAGUUUCCAGACGCUAUUCUCAAUGCCAAACGCCUUGACCUCUUUAACUUGUAUAGGGAGGUGGUUUCAAGGGGUGGUUUUCAUGUUGGCAACGGCAUCAAUUGGAAAGGGCAAGUUUUCUCAAAGAUGCGAAAUCACACAGUAACCAAUAGGAUGACUGGUGUUGGGAAUACACUCAAAAGACAUUAUGAGACUUACCUUUUGGAGUACGAAUUGGCUCAUGAUGAUGUUGAUGGAGAGUGCUGCUUGUUAUGUCGCAGUAGUGCUGCUGGAGAUUGGGUUAACUGUGGGAUUUGUGGUGAGUGGGCACAUUUUGGCUGUGAUAGAAGACCGGGUCUUGGUGCCUUCAAGGACUAUGCAAAGACAGAUGGACUGGAAUACAUAUGUCCGCAAUGCAGCGUUACAAAUUUCAAGAAGAAAAUGCAGAAAACUACGAACGGAUAUUCCUGAACCUAAGCCUAAUGGCUUCAACAACACCAUUAUUGGCUGUCCGCUAAUCCCAAUUCAUUAUAUACAUGUUUUCUCUUAGAACAUCAUCUGUUUUUGCAGAGAAAUUAGUUAAAAGCUUCUAUUGCUUAGGCAUUAGCGUGUGUUCUGGACAAACAGAGAAAGGCGUAUAUUGAACAUAAGUGAAAAUGCAAAAGAAGUUGGAAAGCGGAGACGAGGAGGAAGAGUUGUAGAGAUAGGGAAGGGACGAGACUGUAUCUCAUGGGAAGUCUUUGUAAUAUAUAAUCCUCCUCUGUGAGGAUAUGACAUUUUGUAGCUUUUGUUAGUGGAAUUAAUUUUUCUACAAUUCCA